AAUAAGCUCUGAGGCGUCUAAGUACCCCGAGGCUUUCUUACUACAGCUCUGUCAGGACUCUUAGUCUUGUCCUAAAGCGAACUGCAACAUCAGUCAAACAUUUGAAAGAAAACGGUGUGCAGUUAAAACUAGAGCGGCCAGUUAACCAACUGCGACAAAACUUUGUCCGCUCUGAAAGCCCAUUGGGAAGAAGAGGACCUGGUUGAAACAGCAAGUCAAAGAAGAAACAAGAAGUAGUCUAAAAGAAGUGAGUGAUAAAGCAUGAUUUCUGCUUGCAUAGAAACCCUUGGUUUAGGACUUUGCGUCCUUGGCACUCUCUUGGUGAUGGUGUCCUGCGGUCUGCCCAUGUGGAAAGUGACAGCCUUCAUCGGAAGCAACAUCGUGGUCUCUCAAAACAUUUGGGAUGGACUGUGGAUGUCGUGCGCUGUCCAGAGCACCGGACAAAUGCAGUGCAAGACGUACGACUCGGUGCUCGCCUUAAGCACAGACGUACAGACCGCCCGGGCCCUCACCGUUAUCUCGUCGGUGAUGGGCGUGGUGGGGCUGAUGAUCACCGUGGCCGGCGCGCAGUGCACCAACUGCAUCAAGGCAGAAGCGCUGAAAGCCAGGGUCGUCAACGCUGGUGGCGUCGCUUACAUCAUCAGCGGGCUCUUGGUUCUGGUGCCUUUGUGUUGGAUCGCUAAUAAUAUAAUUGUGGCCUUCUACGACCAGAACGUCCCGAUGGGACAAAAACGAGAGAUCGGAGCCUCGAUUUACAUCGGAUGGGCCGCCACUGCAGUCCUGCUCUCCGGAGGAGCCAUACUGUGCUGUUCCUGCCCGAACAAAAACACCGCUUACGCGGUUAAAUAUCCCCCACCGCCGAAAAGUAUAAUGCAGAACGGGGACUAUGAUAAGAAGAAUUACGUUUAGAAUGCACAGCUCUGUGAUCUGAUUGAGCUUCCACGAAACUUCCUUUGUCCAUCUAUAAUCUGAGAUUUCGGAUCAGAAUCCCAAAGAAAAAGACUUUUUGUAUACAGAUGAAGAUGAAAACUAAAAGUACUGUUGUGAAAAGUGGAGAAAUUGGGGGACCACCUCAAUUCGGACUCAGAAAACAGUACAGAGCAAGUGAUUUGAAAGAAUUUAAAUUGUGCCAUCAUCUUCGCAAUGAAUUAGACAUUUAUGCAGUUUACUGUUCUUUGUUUUAUUGAUUACAGAAUACCUUUUCAAGGGCUUCUGUAUUGGCGUUUAUGUACGUUUUUAUGAGUAUGUCGUCAGCACCUGUAGUUGCAAAUUUUUUUUAACGGUUUUGUACUGCAUGUUUUCAUUUUUGCGUUGUGUCUCCUGUUGGAAAUACAGUAUGUUUUGGGCAAAUACAGAAAAUGCACAAUUUGAAGUCCAUUAUAGUUGUCCAAAUACGACAUUAAAGGAGAACACACAAUUAUUAGUUAUACAUAUGUAUUUAAAGUUGUAGUUAAAUAUUGUCUAUACAUUGUUUUGUCUUAAGCAUUAUUUGUAUCAUGAUGUUAACUUCACGACCUUAUUAAAUUCAGCUGUAGAAAUAAAAAGUGAUUUGUCCAAAGUA